AUCCUAUCACAAAACAACUCUAGAAUUAUAAAAACCUAGUCAGUGUUUGUACCAUGAGCUCAUGAUUUCUUUUUGUUUUUUGUAACCCAUCUCAUAAAUAACUUUGAUUUUCUAUUCCUUUUUCAUAAACAACUUGGAUCACCGGGACAGUACUCCCUAUAUAAGUGCACCGUUUUUCAUCUCUGCUUGUCAAAACUCGGGCCCCUUUUGUGUUACGUAGGAAGAGAUCGAACCUCUGACAGAAGAUCCUUCCUCCUUUUGGUUUUUACGAGAUGAACAAGUUUCAGAAGAAUGGCCUCCUCUCGUUUUUCUGCCUCCUCCUUUUACUCCCAAUCUUCGCUUCCGCUGAGUGUACGUGCGACGAGGCCGAAGAUGAAGGUGACAGCAACAAAAGCAAAGCUCUCAAAUACAAACUCGGCGCAUUCGCUUCCAUACUCGUCGCCAGUACAGUCGGUGUUUGUAUCCCAAUUCUAGGGAAGACAAUUCCGGCUCUGCAACCGGACAAGAAUAUCUUCUUCAUCGUCAAGGCUUUCGCCGCCGGCGUCAUAUUGGCCACCGGAUUCAUCCACGUGCUUCCGGACGCUUUCGACAACUUGACGUCGCCGUGCCUGAAAGAAAACCCGUGGGGGAAGUUUCCCUUCACCGGAUUUGUUGCCAUGAUGGCGGCCAUCGGAACUUUGAUGGUGGAUUCCAUUGCUACUUCUUAUUUCAGCGGGUCUCACUUCAAUACGGCUCAGAAUCAGAUUAAUGGGGAUGAGGAGAAAGAGGGACAGCACGAGGGGCACGUACAUGUUCAUACACAUGGCACUCAUGGUCAUUCUCAUGGUUCGCUUGAUACGAAUUCGGCUGAAUCACAACUUCUUCGGCACAGAGUGAUUUCAAAGGUGUUGGAGUUGGGAAUUGUGGUGCACUCGGUAAUUAUUGGAAUUUCAUUGGGUGUUUCUGAAAGUCCCGAUACAAUUCGACCUCUUGUAGCUGCUUUGACUUUCCAUCAAUUUUUUGAAGGCAUGGGACUUGGUGGGUGCAUAGCUCAGGCGAGAGAAUCACGAAUAACAACUAUAAUCAUGGUGCUGUUCUUCUCCCUUACAACCCCUGUUGGAAUCGCGAUUGGAAUUGGAAUAUCAAGCCAUUACAAGGAAAACAGUCCAACUGCUCUCAUACUUGAAGGAACUUUUAAUGCGGCAUCAGCUGGGAUCUUAAUCUACAUGUCUCUGGUCGAUCUGCUAGCGGCUGAUUUUAUGAACCCGAAAAUGCAGAAGAAUGUGAAGCUUCAAAUUGGGGCUAAUGCUUCACUUCUUUUUGGAGCUGGUUGCAUGUCUCUUAUGGCCAAAUGGGCUUAAACUAGAACACCUCAAUUCAGAGGUGAAGCUACAUUGGGGUUCAGUGGAUCCCGUGUUUUAUUAGAAUUUUUUUUUAUAUAUUUUUUAAAUUUCAGUACUUCAACAAGAGUAUAAAUUGGUAAGAGUUUCAUAAUAUCAUCGAUAGCCAAUUUACUGCAGUGAUCAGACUUGACUAUUUCAUUUGGCUGGUCCCCAUGUUUAAAUCAUGUUGUCAACAUUGCCUGAUUUAA